AUGGCACUGAACCUGCCUGAGCAUGGUGGCCUCAUCAGCCCGCCAGAGCUGACAGGCCGUAAUGCUCACGGGCAGUUCAAGAAGCACAAGGUUUUGCCCCGUCCGCACAAGGAACCCCCCGCCGAUGAGACGCGAUUCAUGCCUGGCCCCCCAGAUUCCAGCCUUUUCGACACAUCGGCUUCCGCUGCUUCCAUGUCCUAUGGCUCUCCAGCAUCAAGCCCUAGGUCUCUGAAGCAUCAGCAGAAGACGAUCGGUGCUGGUCCAGACCUGCCCCCGACUCCUCCCAGCUACUCGCGCACAUCGUCCGGGAGCCAUUCCGCCCAAACAUCAAGUCCCUCUCCUCCCCACGCUGAUGACAUUCGGACUCCCCAGCCUCUCGCAAAGCGACCACCAGCUACACCACCAGAUCAGCGCAGCCCUCCGACACCAGACGUGACGCCGCCUCAGCCGGUCAAUCGCCCUCGUGCUUUGCGCCCUUGGGCCCUGGAUCGUGGACAUGCUCUGACGGCAGCAUUCACGACCGAGUCCCGCACCGAGUCUUUCAAGACAGCUAGAGAGGAACCGUCAUCUUCUGAAGAUGAGGCGGCCACGUCGACCGCCAAAACCGUCUUGUUUUCGUCAUCUCCGUCGCAAACUACCGUUCUUCCGACACCCGUCAGCAGAGGAAGCCGAACCAUGCAGCCCCAAGCUGUAGGCAAAGCUCGUGACCGCCCGACCUCGACUGUCGACGGGAGCUACACCCCGCGUACGCGGAAUGAGCUGGCCCAGUUUGACGGAGAAUGGGAUUCACCGAGCCGUGUAGAGAAGGAGUGGGACGACAAUCUUCAGAGACUGGUAUCCGCCGGCAGACGCGAGCCACAUCCUGUCAUGUCAAGGGCAACAAUGUCUGCAAAGGCCAAAAGUUGGGAGCUCGACAAGGAAAUGGACACGUCUCGGACAAACGCGACCAAAGCCGUCCGAGGCAUGACGUUUCCCAAGGAGGAAGUGGGCGCCGCGUCACCUCUCAAGUCGCCGCCCAAGUCAUCGCCGCCACGGUCGCUUACCACUGGAACCUUGCGCUCCGAGGCGCCCAGGAGCAGCGCGGAGCCCCAAAGGCACUCUGGCUUGUUUGCACCAUCUACCGUGAUCGGGGCCAUCCUCGUCGAUAAUCCCAGCCCGCCGCAGAGACCAAGGACGCUGCGACAUGUGCGUAAACAUAGAGAGUUGCGAAAUCGCAGCCCAGUUCAAGCGCACGUCUUGGAAGACGCAGACGCGCAUUCGGAAGCUCGGCCCGCAUCGGCCAGGUUGCAUCAGGAGCAUGCGCAACGGCACGACAGCUGCGGGUCCGGCACGAGCAACAGCUCCAUGGCUAGUGGACGGGCCAGGCGUGAGGUAUGGAAGAGUGGAGGUAUUCCCGUAGUGGUUGUUCCCGACCGGAGGUCUUCGCACAAAUCGCAUUCACGAGAGCCGUCGUUGCGAUCUGCGUCGAGUCGGCACUCGAAAAAAGCGAGCAGCAUCGGGCCCUCGCCUGUUGAUCACUUGGCACUCCACGGCGAAGAAGUUUCCUUUGACAGGCAAUCCCGUUGGAAUCGCUCGGCAUGGGCCUCUGACGGGUCAGACCAAAACACGGCGGAUUUCCCGCCCACCAUUCCAGCUCGCUCAUCUUCUUUAUCCGCCCCGACGAGCCGCACUACCUUGCGGACGGGGUCUCUGACCGUUGAGAGCGUCAAGGCUCUAAACGAUGCACAUUGCUCAUCCGGCAAUCAGCAGCAGCAGCCGCAGCCGCAGCCGCAGCCGCAGCCGCAACCGCAACCGAAGACGGUGCACAUUCUGUCCGCAUCGCCAAAUACCACGCAAAGCAAAACUACCGUGCCAAUGCCUGCAAUAUCAGUUUCGCCGGUUAUUGCGGCUCAGACUCUCCCAACCCCUCGACCGGAUGAAGAGUCUGGACACGAGUCCCUCUGUAUUGAUCACUACGAUGACGCCGGCUCAACAAGAAAAUAUCCAUCCCGUACCACACCGUUUUCCGUGAUAUCUACCGAGACAAAUUGGACAGCUCCAGAGGUAUCGGAAGCGCAAGCCGUCCGCAUGUACCCUCAUCAAGUUUCUUCGGUAGUCAUGGUCAACCAUUCCGCCAAGCUUUCUGACGCACCGCCAAAUGCCACAGAAAGAGACCUGAACCAGCCAGAAGCGCACGAUGAAUCACCGCCUCAGAUCAAGACUACGAAUCCCGAAGGCGGCGCGGUGACUCCUCAACAACAAGGAUCCUUGGAGGAGGUUGACUCGCCAUUGCGGAACCCUCGCGCUCCCCCCGAGCCGCCCGUCCACCCUCCCGCCCUCCAUUUUACCCCUGCCACACCAUCAGGUCUUACGCCCGCGGAAGAAAAAGCAAACCAGCUGGGGAACUUUUAUGACGCGGUAGCUGAGAAGCCCAGCCGGAGGCCCUCCCUUGUCAUGAGAGCGCUCGGUAGAAGGAGGCAUUCCAUCAGCUCCCCGCCAACGGCUAGCAAGCAACCGGGUUUUCUGACGAGAACUCUUUCACUGUCACGGAACGACGGCCAAGUAUCCGGACUUGGGAGACGGAAGCUGAUUGAGCCUGAUGCGAAAAGAGGAGAUGACGAACCUGUAGAGCGGGACAAGCUGCAUCCUCACUGGCGGCCACAACGUGAUAACCAAGGCGAUGACGGCAACGACUGCGACUGCACAACUUGUCGCCCCGAUGGUGGGAAAGACGACAACCGGCCCGGGCGACCGAAAAGGAGCCUUGGGGCAAAAAUGAAGCAGACGUUUGCAAUCAUGCCGGCGCGGGACAGUUACAUCCGUUGCAUUGAGAGCAUGGACGAGCCGGAACGACGCACGAUCAGGCGAACUCCCAGCGGGAAUUUGAAGGUCACGCGGCGCCAGAGCAGCGCAGACUCGCUGGUUCUCUACAUGAAGGCGCGCGAGGAACACGGGUCAGCAUGGGAAGGCAACUCACACAGGAGAUUCCUGCGAGGGCGCGGCUUGCGGCGGCGGCGAAGCCCGGAGAAGUCACGUCGGUCGGUUUCGCUAAGCAGCCGCAUGGAAAAGCUUCCUAACCUGACUCGAAUAUGGAGCGAGAGACGAAGGGAGAAGCGGACACAGGAGCUUCGCCAGAUGAUCAGCGGGCCUAGACAAGUUCGCGAUGGCGUUGAAGAAGUCGUUCGAACGCGUGCAGCCAGACGGCCGCCCUGA